GAGAUAUGGCAACAGCGGAGGCGCAGCCUGUUGACGUUAACCGAACCAGUGAGAACUUGUACAACUCGAGCGAUGAAGAACAAGCAGAACAAGGUCAAACGUUGUUAGCAUGUCUCAUUUGUGGCUGUACUAAUGGCUCGGGGCAAACAAAUGGCAGAAGUGGCGGAAUAAGAAGGAGAAGAGAAGCUUCAGCUGUUGACUUGAGUUCUUGGGCCGAACCGCGCAGCUCCAGAGGCGUAUUUUCCUUGGAAGACGCUCUAGCUCCAGUUGUUAAAGCAUACAAGAAUUUUAUUGAAAAAGUAGGGGGUGAUGUUACACUUGUGGCAUCAAGUUUCGACUCUGAAAGUGAGGAUUCGGACACCGAACAUCGCUCGAGAGGUCAAGACAGUGGAGAUAUUCAAGCAGUUACUCGCGAAGAGUUCCAAAUGGAAACUCACAAGGAGACAACAGAGAACCAAAACAUCAAAGUUUCCGAUAAAACUGGUGAGGCCGUCCAGUCGUCUGCGAACGAAACUUCUGGAGCCAUCGCGCUAUCUCCAAGGAGAGCUGCUGCUAAGAUUGAACAAGAACGACGUUCUAAAAGGUUUCAGAGACAUUCAGAGGUUGAAAGGCAACUUAGCGAGACCGAUCCUCAAACAGCACUAAAAUACAGGCUCAAGGCACUAUUUCGACGUGUUGCCCACCCAAAGGACACCUACUUAAACUCUUCCGGAUCCGCUGGAGGUCAAAUCGUAGAUGGAGAGUUUCUUCUUUUAGCCAAAGUUUAUGUUGUGCAAUGUGAGGAAGAGGAACUUGACUCAUUUGCUAGGAAUGAUCCAGCAAGCUUAAAGCAUUUGCUUCCUUUUUUGUUAAAUUCACUUCUUUAUGGCACAUAUGACAUUCAACGAGAAUAUUUGCAGCAGCCAUCAGAAUUAACCCGCACUACUUCUCGAUUUGGUUCUGCAGAGAAAGAUUCUACUCGAAAUAGCAGAAAAGAAUUUGCAAGUUUGAAUCACUUGCGACAUGAGAUGCGGUUUUUGCAAGAAGCGAGACUCUUGAAGCUUAUCUCUAACUAUAAUGUUACAGACUCUUAUCGAGGUGCCUUUCGAUUACAUGGGAAAGUAAGAAGACAGCGGUUGAAGGAAGCACGCGAAAGAGCCGCAGCACGCAAAGCUCAACUAGAAGAUGGUACAGGAUCAUUUGGAUCAACUACUUUAUCUGGAACAAUUUUUGGAGAACGAGGAUACAUGGAUAGUUUGGAGCCUUUCGUUCUAAAGCAGUGUAUGCGCAGUGUAGAGUUUGCACUACACUGCUUUUGGUAUUUCCAGUCCUCUUUAGUAACAGGACCAGAGGAACUUUACAGCAGAACUUUGAGAUUGUUACUUUCUGUAGAGGCUGCUGUCGUUCAUCAUCAAAUUCCAUAUAAUAUAUUCUUGCAAGAAUCGAAUGGAGAGAUUUUGGAGCCAUCCAUGACUCAUGCUUCUGGUGUUUCUAGUCAAGAGAAUAACCUUAACCAUUGGAAUAUGCCUCCAAGUUCAUCAGGGAUUAGGAAUUCUUUAGACUUGCAUGAGAAUUCUGUACGUGAAUGGUGGAAUUCCAGGAUGGAGAGAAGCAGCAUGUUUCAUGCAGAAAUUGACUUUAUCAAAGGAUUGACAGAUAUUUCUGCCCAGUUGCGGAAGAUUCCGAGAGAAUCCAGGCAGGAGGCAUUGAGAAAGGAACUAGAAAAGCUAAAUGCUUUCCUUCCCAGGAAUGUCGCCAUUCCUACAGAGAAUCGUAUGCAUAGAAUAUUACGUGUAGUACCAGAGUAUUCAGUUGCCUUGUCUACCAAGGAGAGAUGUCCUUUUUUACUUGUAUAUGAAAUGGAAGAUCUUAGUUCAGAAGGAGUUUCUUCACCCAGGAAGACACAUCGUGAGGAGGAGUCUUCUUCACAUGAGCUAUGGUCUGUGGAAGAAGAGUUUGGUCGUCAAAGUGAAGGUGAUGAAAGGGAUAGUGAUGAGAUCAAUUUUACGAAGAAAUUUGCCAUUACAAAACGUUUGGGAAGAGAAAGUUCGCAUCAAAUGAGACGAACGGAAAGAGCAGCAAUGAAAAAGGAGGCAGUUGCACUGGCUGCAGGAGGUGCUUUUGAGAAUGAACCCAAUCGUCCUGAAGAGUCUUUCAAUUUUCAACCCAAUGUAAAUACAGAUGUCGUUUUGUCUCGGGAACGCUCAGAGCUUGGAGAGGGAACGAACGAUGUAACAAUAGCGCAGAUCACUUUCAACAAUACAGAGGAACCAAAUAGAACCGUACAAAACGAAUCGGGUUGGACAGGUAUGGUAGAGGUCGAUUUACAGGAUCCUACUGGACAGAACAAUCAAGUCUCCAACACUCAAAGCUUUAAAAGUAAUUUGACGUGUUCUCCAAGCGAAGGACAGUUGAGUGGAAGGAGAGAAGAUGCACCCGAUUCUAAUACACACGCAGCAUUUGGGGAACCUUUUGCAGAGAAGGAGAAAAGGUUGAAGGAUACUUCCCCUUUCAGUUAUCUUAGAAGGUGGCGUUUGGGCUCUUGUAUAGUGAAAGCUCAUGACCAACUUCGACAGGAAAUGUUUGCCACACGUUUGAUUGCCGAGUUUGCUCGUAUUUAUGCUGCUUCUGGUUUACCCUUGUGGCUUCGUCCUUAUAAUAUAAUAGCAACAUCUUCAGACUCAGGAAUCAUUGAAACUGUUCGGGAUUCAACUUCAUUAGAUAGUAUCAAAAGAAAUACUCCGAAUUUCACGACGUUGGCUGAUUUCUUUCAUCGGAAAUUUGGAGAACGAGGAUCACCUCGUCAAAAAAUGGCCCUUCGGAAUUUCGUAGAGUCUAUGGCAGGAUAUUCUGUGGUUCAGUAUUUAUUGCAAAUCAAAGAUCGUCAUAAUGGUAAUAUUCUGAUAGACUCAGAAGGUCACAUCAUCCAUAUUGACUUUGGCUUUCUUUUGAGUAACUCACCUGGGGGUAAUUUUGAAUUUGAAAAGUCACCGUUUAAACUAUCAGCCGAACUCGUUCAAGUGAUGGGCGGCGUUCAUUCUGCAGCGUUUAGACAAUUUCGCAAGUUAUGUGUACAGGGAUAUGUGGAAUGUUGUCAUCAUAGAGACAAAAUUGUAUUAAUGGUUGAUAUGUUUUAUUCGGGAAAUGAAAACUUGCCAUGUUUUACUUCUGGUCGUGAUGCAGUUAUCGAGAACUUGAGAAAACGUUUUAUGCCUGGACACACUCGUCUUCAACGAGCACAACGGAUGAUGAGACUGAUCGACGAAAGUAUUGAUAACUGGCAUACAAGAUGGUAUGAUAGAUAUCAAAGAUUAUUUACUGGAAUCCAUUAAUGUAUCGAUAUGCUGUUGAAACGAUGAAUGUUAUGAAUC